AUGCUGGCCGUGUCACCUUUGAGGAGCACAACAGAUGGAGAGCAAGGGGAGAUGGAGAGUUUCUCAAUUGGGGAGGACUUUGCUGACCUUUCAGAAGGGAAUUUGCUUGAAAGCAUCGAUUUUGAUGAUCUAUUCAUGGGAAUCAACGGUGAUGGAGAUGUCUUGCCGGAUCUGGAGAUGGACCCUGAAAUGCUUGCUGAGUUUUCCCUCAGUGAGGAAUCAGAGAUAGUCUCAUCAGUUUCAGUGGCAAAUAACACAUCUGAUAACAGUAAUGGGAAUAAUACAGUUACUACAGAAAAACAAGAUGAGGUUAUAGUAACCAAUUUUUCGUCAGAUUCUGGUUCUAAUUCGGGGUCUAGUGGGGAGGAGAUAGCAAGCAAAAAUAAUGAAUCAACUCAUUCAGUGGCGGUGAAUCCAUCCCCUAAGGAAAGUGAGAAAGGAAGAAAAUCAUCAACUCACUCAAGGAAUAAUCCUCAAGGGAAGAGAAAGGUGAAGGUGGAUUGGACCCCAGAAUUGCACAGACGAUUUGUGCAAGCAGUGGAGCAGCUAGGAGUGGAUAAGGCUGUGCCUUCAAGAAUUUUGGAAAUUAUGGGAAUUGACUGUCUAACCCGCCACAACAUUGCCAGCCACCUUCAAAAAUAUCGAUCGCAUAGGAAACAUUUGCUGGCGCGUGAAGCUGAAGCAGCAAGGUGGAGUCAAAGGAAACAAUUCAUGGGUGCAGCAAGUGUAGGUAGAGGAGGAGGAGGAGCCAAGAGAGAAGUGAACCCUUGGCUUGCACCUACCAUGGGUUUCCCUCCCAUGACACCAAUGCACCAUUUUAGACCUUUACAUGUAUGGGGGCAUCACACCAUGGACCAGUCCUUCGUGCACAUGUGGCCUAAACAUCUACCAUAUACACCGUCGCCGGCAGCAUGGCCACCGCGGACAGCUCCACCUCCGCCACCUCCAGACCCUCUUUAUUGGCACCAACACCAACGGGCUCCAGACGCACCAACCCCAGGAACACCGUGUUUUCCACAGCCUCUGACAACCACGAGAUUUGGCUCUCAAACUGUUCCAGGCAUCCCUCCACACCAUGCAAUGUACCAAAUAUUAGAUCCAGGAAUUGGCAUCCCAGCCACCCAACCACCACCUCGACCCCUCCUCGACUCUCAUCCGUCAAAGGAGAGCAUAGAUGCGGCAAUUAGUGAUGUUUUAUCAAAACCAUGGUUGCCACUACCACUUGGCCUUAAAGCUCCAGCACUUGAUGGUGUAAUGGGUGAACUACAAAGACAAGGGAUUCCCAAAAUCCCUCCCUCUUGUGCUUGA